AUGCCCUCCCUCCUGCUUUUAGCGACUUUGUUCGUCUCUCUUCUCUCCACUGCCGUAGCGCAAACAUGGACAGCCUGCAAUCCCCUCGAAAAGGAUGACUGUCCUCGGAACCCAGCCUUGGGCACAUCAUACGAAGCCAACUUCACAAAUACCCUUAAUGAAGUCAUCUGGAACAUCACUAACGGUCAACUCGACUACAUCGAUGGCGUCGGCACCAGUUUCGCCAUCAAAGAAAGACUCCAAUCUCCAACUAUCCAAUCGCACUUCUACAUCUUCUUUGGCCGCGUGGAGGUCAUCAUGAAAGCCGCCUUUGGCAGGGGCGUGGUCAGCAGCAUCGUGCUCCAGUCGGAGGACCUCGAUGAGAUCGACUGGGAAUGGGUGGGCAGCGAUACCACUCAUGUCCAGACAAACUAUUUCGGAAAAGGUAAUCGGACUCUAGGCGAUCGUGGUGGGGUCCAUGAGAUGGAUGCGCCCAUGGACAAGUUUCAUAAUUACACCGUCGACUGGACUGCAGAGCGAUUUCAGUGGUGGAUCGAUGAUACCUUACUCCGCACGGUGACUUACGACGAGGCCCUGGGUGGGAAGAAUUACCCGCAAACCCCCAUGACCGUCCGAAUGGGUAUCUGGCCCGCGGGCGACAAGAAGAACGAAAAGGGAACGAUUGAGUGGGCUGGUGGUGAGAUCGAUUACAGCAAAGUUCCAUAUUUCAUGACGGUGAAGCAUGUCAAGGUCGAAGACUACUCGAGUGGUAAGGAGUACGAGUACACUGACAGAUCGGGUUCCUGGCAAAGUAUCAAGGUCAUCAACGGCACUUCCUACCUCGCCGAGGAAGCCCACAAACCACCUCCAAAGUCCCUCUCGCAAAAAUGGCGCGAGCUUCCUCAGGGUGCAAAGAUUGCCGUCUAUUCCUCCGCGGGAGGAGUCGCCCUCGUCGGCCUUCUCGUCCUCCUGUUCUGUUGCGUCAAGCAACGGAGAGCAGGACGCAGGGAAUUUGCUCUCCAGGAAAGCAAAUUCACGACGGAGCAAAACGAUAUGAUCACGAUGCAGACGCAGUGGAAGAAGAAGCAUUAUCAGGAAAUUCGAUGA